GUAUCCAAGGGUUUACCUAACCCCUUCCUCCUCUUCUCAGCUGCGCUGCCCCCUCCAGCCAGCCCACCUCCACCCCCGCGGCUCAAGCUUCCAGCCCACCUCCUCCCCCGCGGCUCAAGCUUCCGUCUCCCUCCAAUCCUCGCGCGCAGAGGCAGGGCGGCGGUGUCCGUCUCUCGGCGGCGGGAAGACAUGGGCGGCGCGUCAGCUCCUCCUCCCGUGGAAGAGAAGCCAUUCAAUUUCAUCCAGAUCCUUUGCGAGGGCGUCAUAGCCGGAGGCGCCGCCGGGGUCGUGGUGGAGACGGCGCUCUACCCCAUCGACACCAUCAAGACCAGGCUUCAGGCUGCUCGAGCUGGAAGUCAAAUUCAAUGGAAAGGCCUGUAUUCUGGAUUAGGUGGAAAUCUUGUCGGUGUUCUCCCGGCUUCUGCUCUGUUUGUGGGAAUAUACGAACCAACUAAAAGGAAGCUACUGGACAUGUUUCCUGAAAAUUUGAGUGCUGUUGCUCAUCUUACUGCAGGUGCUGUUGGAGGGUUGGGUUCUUCUCUCAUUCGUGUCCCCACAGAGGUGGUCAAACAAAGGAUGCAAACCGGUCAAUUCAGGACUGCGCCUGAUGCUGUUCGUCUCAUAGUUGCCAAGGAAGGAUUUAGAGGUCUUUUUGCUGGUUAUGGUUCUUUUUUACUUCGAGAUCUUCCGUUUGACGCCAUUCAAUUCUGCAUAUACGAGCAACUUCGAAUUGGUUACAAGAUUAUGGCAAAGAGGGAGCUGAAGGAUCCAGAGAAUGCACUCAUUGGUGCUUUUGCCGGUGCCAUUACUGGCGCCAUAACAACACCCCUCGAUGUUCUGAAGACAAGGUUGAUGAUUCAGGGGCAAACAAAGCAAUACUCUGGAAUUGUAAGCUGUGCUAAGACGAUCUUGAGAGAGGAAGGUCCCGGCGCCUUUUUGAAGGGCAUCGAGCCACGAGUUCUGUGGAUCGGCAUCGGCGGGUCCAUCUUCUUCAGCGUGCUGGAGAAGACCAAGUCGGUGCUCGCUGAGAGGAGCAGCCGCAAGGCUGCGCUGGUGGAGAAGGACGAGUGAACCAACCAACCAAGACAAUUGUGCAUCCUAUGCUGACUCGCUCCACACCAUUACCUGUUCCUUUCACCUCAAGUUUUGCCCCAAUUUUUUAUGUGUUGGGCAGUUCCGGUUUCAAGAGUUCGUUUUGAUGUCGGCGAUUGUUACGAUCCUGUAUCAUUCCCUGUAAACAUUACUAUCCUUUGAUAAAACUUAGCAGUUUGUUCUAAAAAAAAGGGAGUUUAUUUUAA